AUGCUUCAUUUCGCCACCAAAGCUCCCUCAACUGAACCGAGCUCAGGAAGGCAAGGGAAGGAAAGAACCAUGCUGACCGUCGUAUUAUCAGCUGUCCUCGUGGCUGUCGCCUCAGCUGACAGCAUUCCUCAAUUCGUGGUUCCUGGAAAGUGUGCGAAUGUGCCUGUCCAAGACAACUUCGAUUUCCGUCAGUAUUCCGGGCGCUGGUAUCAGACCUCCAUCAUCGACAACCCUUACCAGUCCUUCACUCGCUGCAUCCACUCCAACUUCGAGCACUCAGCCUUGGACAGCGGAUUCCAAGUCACCACAGCCGGCUUUAGCCCUUCCAACGACUACCUCAGGAUGGUGGGCAAGAUCUACCCGACCAAGGACUUCCCAGCUGCACACAUGCUCGUUGACUUCCCGUCCACCAUUGCCGCUCCCUUCCAAGUGGUCGCCACCGACUACCACACCUACUCCUGCGUGUACUCCUGCAUCGCCUUCGACAACUACAAGGCUGAGUUUGGCUUCGUGUACUCCCGCACUCCGCAGACCUCCGGGCCGGCGACGGAGAAGUGCGCAGCCGUGUUCAGCGCUAACGGAGUCAACGUUUCUGCGUUCAAGUCUGUGUCCCACGCUGCAGACUGCGUCUACAGGGCUUGA